CGCAUGCGCAAUCAUUGCUUCCGCGACGUACCUAGCCAUCUUUCCAGACAAGCAAAAGUGAUUGUUUUCAGCUUUAGUCUUAUUUAACGGAACUUUUAUUAAUGUCAGAGCCACAGUCCGCGCUUCUACUACGAAAACAAUUAGCAGAACUAAAUAAAAACCCAGUAGAAGGGUUUUCAGCAGGCCUCAUAGAUGACAAUGACAUAUAUCAGUGGGAAGUACUCAUUAUUGGUCCACCAGAUACAUUAUAUGAAGGUGGAUUCUUCAAAGCACACUUAGAAUUUCCAAAAGAGUAUCCACUUAGGCCACCCAGAAUGAAAUUUAUAACAGAAAUAUGGCAUCCAAACAUCGAGAAGAACGGUAACGUCUGCAUAUCGAUUUUACAUGAACCUGGAGAUGACAAGUGGGGCUAUGAAAAAGCUUCGGAACGGUGGUUACCAGUUCACACAGUUGAGACUAUUCUCAUAAGUGUUAUUAGCAUGCUUGCAGAUCCUAAUGAUGAAAGUCCUGCUAAUGUGGAUGCUGCCAAAGAAUGGAGGGAAAGUUAUACAGAAUUCAAGAGAAAGGUGGCAAGGUGUGUCAGAAAAAGCCAAGAGGAGUGUUUGUAGAAGAUGAACAAAUAUUCAAAUGGAAAGACUUAUUUAAUUCUGGGAAGCCGUAAGCACUGUAAGAAAGAAACCGAUGCUCAGCAUUAAGCUAAAUGAAUCACAGUGCCACUAAAAACGGAUAAAGCCUGACCCAUCCUUAUACAAAGCGAGGGAAAGAGAGCAUGUGUGAAAAUAGAAGAUAAGUUCACACACCUCUAUCAAGUUUAUACCACCGCCACUGACGUACCAUCCAUUGAUGCGAAGAACAUAAAGGAAAUACAUGCAGCUCACCUUUUACAUAAUAAUAAACAGCUAAAAAAACUAAUUUACACAUAUACAUGAAGCAAAAAAUCAUCUGUACGAUUAUUACCUUAAUAUUGAUAGAUAUAAAUUUAACUUCCUUGUCCCUCCUGCUCAAGAGCUAGCCCAACCCAUUACAUCUAAAAAGUCUCGUAAUUUAAAAUGUUUAUGUUUAUCAUCAUUGAAUAAUAAUUCCUUAGUGUCGUUUCGUAUUUUCUUACUUUCGUAAAUAUAUAUAAAUAAAUUUUUGUAAAAUCAACUACACGGUACAUAUAUGCUACAAUCGUUAAUGUAAUGCCAGUAAAAAUGAAAUCGAAAUAUAUGUGAAUCAACAGUGA